AUGAGGACUGUCCUCCAGCGUGUAAAAUCUGCCUCCGUUACCGUAGACGGCCAGCUCAUCUCCUCCAUCGGUAGAGGCCUCCUUGUCCUGGCCGCAAUUUCGAAAGAUGACACCGAUAAAGAUAUAGAGUCAAUGCCAGGCAAGAUUCUGAAAGCAAAACUUUGGGACGAUGAAGGCACAGAUCCGCCCGGCAAGUGGAAAAAGAACGUUGUGGAAAUCGAGGGUGAAGUUCUCUGCGUCUCCCAGUUCACGCUUUUUGCUUCUAUAAAGAAAGGCAACAAGCCCAGUUUCCACCAAUCCGCAAGCGGACAAAAGGCCAAAGAACUAUAUCAGGCUUUCUUCAAGAAAGUGCAAGAUGCUUAUCAGCCAGACAAAGUCAAGGACGGCUUGUUCGCAGCCAUGAUGGACGUUGCGCUUGUGAACGACGGGCCGGUCACAAUUCUGAUCGAUACCGACCCUCCGAAAAUGGAGGACCCGACAUCUCUUGGCCCAAGUGGCUUCAGCACCCCAAGCGACAGCACUGGAACAACUGCCGUUGACGUGAAUGAUUUGGUUAACAACAUGACCAGAAUUACAAAGGAAUUUAAGAUUCCGGCCGAACUAUUAGACUAA